AUGUCAUCUAGUGGAUGCGUGGCUCUUGAUGUUAUGGCCUUUUGGAACUAUAAUAUUGCCAAUUUAAUGAAAGAUUCGAACAUUCAUAGAACCUUGUCAAUUCCAAAAAAAUUGGCAAAUGGUGAGUUGUUAAAUGCUGAAUCAAUUUUGGGAUCUGUACAGUGGAACCCAAUCAAAACAACUAUUAUAAGUGCAAAAUCAUUUAAAUAUUAUGCGCUUUUAGUAUCAGACCUUGAAGAUGACAUUAUCAGUUGGGAGAAAGAGUUUACAAAAAACAUGAAACAGGAAAUUCAAGAAAUGAAGUCUAUGAAUAUAGAAUCGGAUUCUACUCCUAGAAAUGUUUCAUUAUUUUUCAAUUGUCAAUAUUCAUUAAGUGAAGAUAUUACAGAAACCUUUGUGAGUGUGGGCCCAAUGUUUUUGAUUAGUUUUUCAAUAACUCUAGGUAUGGUUGUUGCUACACUUGUUUUCAUGAGAGGAGAAAGGAGCGAUUCAAUAAUUAUGAGAAUUCUUGUUGGAUUUAUUAGUAUUAUCCUAAUUUCAUUGGAUAUUUUCUCCUCUUUUGGUAUUGCCAAUAUUUUGUGUAAUUGUAAUUUGAAUCCACUCAGUGCGCAAGCUCUUCCUUUAUUUUUAGUGGGAAUUGGCUCUGAUGGAUUGUUUAUUUUACAGGCCUAUUUCAAUAGAUAUAGAGAAUAUUUGAAAGAGUUGAAACCAAUAGAAGAAAAUGUAACUAAUUUUGGAAAGUUUGUUAAAAAUUCCUCAAAGUAUUAUAGAGAAGUUUUGUCUGCAUUGAUUUUUACACUUACCGUUAUGUGUUGCAUUUUACUUUUUGUGGUAUUUGUGAUGAAGCAUCCUAUUUCCAUGGCUAUUAGGUAUGUUGUACGUUUUCAUAAGGUACAUUAUGUUAGUGUUGCAUGGCAAACAUUAUUUUCUGUUGUUUUCCUUUUUUUCACAGCCAUAUUUGGAAUUACGCCUUUACUAGUGUUAGAAUAUAAGUUUAAUACAAGGAAUAUUCAAUUAAUAUAUGCAACAAUUCCAGAAACAGACCAAAAUAUCAAUACAAAUCAAAGGACCAACGAAGAGGAAGAAUUGUCAAAUCUGGAGAACGUUCCUCCUCAAAAUGAAGAAAUUUUGCAACAUCUAUCUUCACAAUUAGAAACAGAACAAGCAAUUACAGAACAAAAGGGAGAGAUACCACGUAGUAAAGUGGAAAAGAUAAUGUACUCAAUAUUUAAAAUAGUAUUUGAAAAGCCCAAAUAUUUCUCAAGUCACAUUCUCAUAAUUUUAAUUUCCCUUGGUUUAUUAAUUUGUUCUGUAGUUGUAAUUGCAACAAUUGAUGAAGAACCAUUUGCAAUGACAGAUCUAUAUGCAAAAUCAUCUCAGUUGACUUCAUUUCUAGACAAUUAUCAUGCACAUCAUGGAGAUUUGGAGUACCCUGGUUAUCUAGUUAUGUACGUUAGGGAGAAUUCAACUGAUCAGAUAGAUUUCUCAUCUACAUCAAUGGCUAAUUUACUUGAAAAGAUCAUUGAAUCCCCUCCUCCUUUUAUGAAAACUCAAAUCAAUUGGUUUUCUUACUUCAAGACUUGGACGUUUUUCAUUAGCACACAUAGAGAUGAAUACAAAGCUAACAAAUUUAAAAUCCCACCUCAAUUAUUUAAUGAAUGGAUGGAUGAAUUUACACAACACCACACGUUUAGUAAUCUUGCAAGUUUUGUCAUUUCCAAACCAUUGUUGAAGGAUGUGAAAGCUGCCAGAAUUGUUUUUUCAAAUAAGAAUGUUUUAAAUUCACAAGUUACAAAUGAAAUCGUACAGGAAAAUGCAGCUUUUAUGAAACAAAUAGCAAGUGAUUAUCCAGCCAUUGGUUUAACGAGCUCAAACUCAUUUAUUGUCAAUGACAUGGAUUUGAUAUUUGAAUCAUUUGGAAGUGAUCCAUUGAAUGUUGGAAUUAUAUCUGCACUUGCAAUUCUAUCUGUAGCAAUUAUAUCCACACUUGUCACAUCUUUAUUCGAAAUUCCAAUGAUCAAAAAAGGGAAAUUAUCACUUUUCAUUAGCAUUAUAAUUUGCUCAAUACUUACAUGCUUUCUAACUUUGAUCAAUGUACUUGAAUUAAUUGCUGGAUUAAGAUUAUUGGGAAUUCCAAUUAAUGGUCUAUCGAUUAUGAAUUUCACACUCCAAAUUGGUUUGUUUUCAGAAUAUCUGUUUCAAAUCACAAGGGCAUUCUUACUAACAAAGAGAACAAAAAAGACAUACACACUAUUGGCCUUUCCUCUGUUAAUCUGUUCUCUAUCAACUAUUGUUAGUAUAUUUCCAUUGGCAUUCCAUGAGAUAAGGAUGGUGAAAAAGUACUUUUUUGAUAUCGUCAUACUGGGACAAGGUAUUCUGCUUUUUAAUGUAUUGUCACUCUUUCCAGCAAUUUUGUUAUUGAUUGAGAGAUUUAUGGGAACUUGUACUUCAAAUAGUUAA